GGCUUGUUUUGAAAGACAGGGUAGUGACUUUUCUUUUUGUGAGACUUGGCAACAGUGUCUGGAAGUCGUUUGACUGACCAGAAGAAAUGAAGGUGCAGAGGGUUUAAACUUUCAGAUCCUUAAUCUCGUGACAAUAUGGACUUCCAAGUACAGCUCCUCAAAAUAGAGCAAGCCCUGUGCAAGGAUGAAACAGAGGCACUCGCCUUCUUGUGCAGAGACAUCAUUGAUACAGACCUCAGCAAAAUGGCGUCUGCAUCCCACCUCUUCACAAAACUAAAUAACAUGGACCUUUUAGAGGAAGAAGAUUACUUUAUUGUUGCAGAGCUUUUAUACCGAACCCGACAAUUUUAUUUGAUUAAAAAAAUGGGAAAAAGUAAGGAGCAGGUUGAAAAAGAAUUGCCACAGAAAGGAAGAAUUUCAAACUAUAGGCAACUGUUAUAUGACCUGUCUGAGGAUGUAACCAGAGAUGACCUGAAAAGUGUAAAGUUUCUAUUGCAAAACAGCCUUCCGCGAUGCAGACUUGAAGAUGACAUGACUAUGCUUAAACUUCUCAUAGAGAUGGAGAAAGAAGACCUCUUAGACCAAAGCAACCUGGAGAUGCUAGAGAAAGUCUUACAAAUCAUCUCCCCCAGUUUAGUGAAAAAAAUUACCAAGUAUAAAAAUGAAAACGGAUACUACACACAAGAGACCGGGUUUAGCUCUUCAGAAGCGCAUGGAAGGAAUCCCAGCCGGCCGCAUGCAGAUUCACAGCUCCCUCCUCUCAGUCACUCUUCUCAACAAGAGGAAUCUUCAGCGAAUUCAAGACCAACGUCAGGUGUGAUUAGAAGAGCAAGCGAAGAUCAACAGCUGUCAGACUUGCUGCUGCCUCUCUCUGUUUCUGCAAGUGAAGGAGAACAACAGAUAUCAAACAGGGUGCAGGAGACUGUAGAUAAUCAGAUAGGGAACUUUGCACCAAGCCUGAGCUGCUUUAGUGGAGCCAGUGACCGGAGUAAUGCAGAUGAGUUGGAGCCUCCACAUCCAUCUUCUGGUUUUUCAAGUGUAAACACAGAUGAUAUUGUUGGCCAUGGUGAAUCAGCUGAUAGUGAGCCAUGGAUUUCGGAAACCUAUGCGAUGAAUAGAGAGAAGAGAGGAUACUGCCUGAUCAUAAACAACUAUGAUUUUAGUGAGUCACGCACCAGAAGCAGUUCAGAGCAGUGUUGCACUGAUAGACAUGGAACAAACACUGAUGCAAGGGCAUUAAAGGAUGUUUUCCAGUGGCUGGGAUUCGACAUUGUAUGCCUAGAAGACUUGACUCGAAAAGAAAUACUGAAAGAAAUAGAACAAUACCAAAAUUUAACAGACCACAAAGACAGAGAUUGCUUUAUGUGCUGCAUCCUCAGCCAUGGAGAGAAGGGCAAGAUAUAUGGGACUGAUGGACGCACCGUUUUAAUAAAUGAAAUAACCAAACCUUUCUCAGGCAAGAAUUGCCCCCUCUUGAUUGGAAAACCUAAAGUGUUCUUCAUUCAAGCUUGUCAAGGGCAGAAAGCACAGUUAGGUCUCCCAAUAGAGGCUGAUAGCUACACUUCAGAGCUUGAGGAAGAUGCCCUGGUCCCUGAUUCAGUUCCUGAGGAUGCUGAUUUCCUGGUUGGCAUGGCAACCGUGGAAGAUUAUGUUUCCUUCCGCGACACAUCUAAAGGAACAUGGUACAUCCAGAGCCUCUGCCAGAAUCUUCUACACCUGGUGCCAAGAGGAGAAGACCUGUUGUCCAUCCUGACAAAGGUGAACAUGGAUGUUAGUCGGAGAACUGAUGAACACAGGAUAAAGAAGCAGAUUCCACAGCCGGCCUUUUCACUAAGGAAGAAACUGGUCUUCCCAAUUCCUGCUGAGCGACCGCCUGCCCUGCUGCAGCUCUAGGAGUUCAAUCACAGCUGUAUAAAAGGUUGGCUGUUGGCCUGUUUGCACCCCACCUCCCCCCCACUCAACUCUGCCAAGGCUAGCCUUCUUAUAGAGUAGUAAACUGAAGGGGGACAGGAUGGGAGGAAUCCAAAAACAUUUUGUGUGAUCUGGUUGAUCCCUGUAAUCGAUGCGUCUAUAAAAAACAAUUCUGAAUUGACUUCUUUAUGAAUUUGAACUACAAUUUCCGUUGUAUCUCAGGAAGCAAAACAACAUAAUGAACUUCACAAACUUUUGAGGUCAAUCAGCUACGAGAAAACAUUGUUAUAUUCUUAAUUGAGGGAUGCUGUGGAGCAGAUACUGCACUGAAUGUUGUAGGACCCCUAUGCCAGCUGCAUGCAGGCUCACAUUGUGCCAGUUAAAAAAAAACUUUUUGUGCUGCAUGUAUUAUUGAUCUAUCAUCAAGGGGGUAACCUGAAAACUAAGGGGGUUGUUGGGUAGGCUGGACCACUAUAAAGUAUCAGAUGGAUAUGGAGCAAGAAUGGCAUUUCGGUAGUACAGUAUAUGUACAUGCACAGUAUCUCCUUUUACAUGGGAACAAAUACUACAAUAAAACAUGUAUUUAUUUUUAACGUAAAUCUAUCACACAACAUUAAGUCAUGGACUUACAUAUUUGCAUGUGCUUGAGUAGGCCACAUUUCAUGUGAAGAAUUUCAUGUAAAACUUGACCUGGGAAUUUUGGGGUAAAAAUCUUACAAAACUGAAAAACCAAGAGGCCUGCGCGGACUAUUCUGCUGUGUUUGGAGAUACUGUGUGAUCAUCUUAAUAAAUUACUAUCCCUGCAGGGAAUGAAUAUGUACAUACUGGGGCAGCAGUGUGGAGUAGUGGUUAGGGGCUCUGGACUCUUGACCAGAGGGUCGUGGGUUCAAUCCCAAGUGGGGGACACUGCUGCUGUACCCUUGAGCAAGGUACUUUACCUAGAUUGCUCCAGUAAAAACUCAACUGUAUAAAUGGGUAAUUGUAUGUAAAAAAAUAAUGUGAUAUCUGUAUAAUGUGAAAUAAUGUGAUAUCUUGUAACAAUUGUAAGUCGCCCUGGAUAAGGGUGUCUGCUAAGAAAUAAAUAAUAAUAAUACUGUAUAUACAUUUUACUUCCUAAACAACAUUUUUCAUACCAGUACUAUUGGACUUCAGAGACUUACAACAGAAUGUAGUUAGUAUCUUAAAAAAAAAAGAAAAGACAUUAUUUUUUAUGAAAA